UUUGCGCAACGUUCGUUGCAGGCGAUGGACGCGUGUGUGGCGGAAGACCAAGUCACAUUUUCCACCUGCCACUCCUCCACUACAACCCGUUGCGUGUACAAAAGGGGCGUGUGGUUGCACUAGUGUGUGUGUGCUCGUGUUCGUGUGUGCAAAGGGAAACGGAAAAUUUAAUAUCCCGCUCGUGUGCUUAACGGAAUACAUGCAAAAUAUAAUACAAAAAGUGAAAGAAAGUGCCUUUAUAAUUUAACGAUUUUCGUGUCACUAUUUUGCAUAAUAUUUGCUCAGGAGGCAACAAUGAACUUAUGAUUCAAGAAUAAAUAAAACAUUUCUAUAUAGUGUAAUAUUAUAAUCAAAAGUUUGUAAAAAACGAACAGAUCUCCAAGAGAUGAUAAAUGUUCCAUUUAAUGUUGUUAAAUGAACUUUAAAUCAGGCAAAAGCCAUGUUACCUUUGAAAAAUAAUGAUACUAAGUGUUGCCUAUAAACUGAAUAUUAAAUACCAAGAGGAUAUUUGAGGAUACAUCUAAAGGCGACAUAAAUCUUCCUAAUUCCAUAUAAAAUGCGCCAAAAAAUGCAGCAUCAGCUGAGCAGGAAGUUCACCUUCACCCAAUGAGCAAGGGGACACAUGAAAAAUCGAUACUAGAAUCUGCAUCAGCAGCAGCAGCCGCGCCCACUUAUCCGACAACCGUGCCCCCCUCGUAAAUCCCUUGGCAACCACAUACAAAUCUAAAGGAGAAAUCCAAUAAGCCAAAAGCAUCAAAGUGUUUGGAAACCAGCAUCAGAGCCAACCCCAACCCCAGUCCCAGCCCCAGCCCCAGCACCCCCGCAGGGAUACCUUCGAAGCGGGACGCCGCAGAAUGGUGGAUGCCAAACCGCCGCCGGCACCCACAACGGGAGCGGUGCCGGGUACGCCUCCAGCCGCCUUUGCCGGCGAGCGAUCCAAAAUCAAAUUGUUCAUGGAACGAACGCCCAGCAUUGGGGCACUCAAAUCCAAGUUCCUCACAGUGCUGGGCAACAGCAAUGAGCUGCUCAAUGGAAUAUCAAAUAAGCUGACUUUGAGCUGCAGCAGCAGCGAUUCGGAUUACUGUGAUGAUGAUGAGGAUAUACCCAAAUUUGACGAGUCGAUUGACUAUACAAAAAUCGAUUUUGAGGGACGUCGGGUGAAGGCACGCCGUGCCCAUGAGGAGAUCAUCUCGGGUCGCUACAGACAGCCCAAUCUGGCGCCACUCCAACAUUUAGGUCCCCGCCUCGAGCCCUCUCGGGGUCGUCAUGGCGCCCAGAAGCGAGGUGGCAAUCCGCAGCGUUCGAACUCGGCAUCGUCCAGCAGCUCAGGGGGCAGCAGCAGCGACGAGAGCAGCUCCGUGUCGCUGCCCGAAAAUGCGGCAGCGGCGGCGGCGGCACCACGUUCCCACGAGGUGAGCAGCACCACGCGCUCCGAUUCCAUUGAGAGUCGCAACUCUGGAGGCUAUGAGAGGCCCAGGGCCAUUGCCGGAGCCCGGCGCAGUGAGAUGGACGUGCAGAAGGACAUGCAGCGCAUUAUAGAGCUGCUGGAGGCCAAUCCUCCCCACAUCGAUGUGCAGCCGCCCACAGAAGGAGGAGGAGAAUGCGGUGGCGGAGGCGGUGGCGGUGGCGGUGGCUCGGUGAACCGUCAGCCCUGGGGAGCCGGCAGCAACUCGAUGCGUGUGCCAGCACGCAGUCGCACAUCCAACAGCAGCACUCUGACCAGCCUAAGGGAUGAGGUGGACCAGGUGCUGGCCAGCCCCAGCAUGGAGUCCACCGACUGGCGGCAGUUCAUACGCUCCGAGUCGCAGAACUCGGUGCCCUCGUGGGCCUCCUCCAUCAGCCUGGAUUGUCGCGCCGGCGAGGAGCCCGUCAAAGAGUUCAUGAGGCUCUUCACCGAGCUGCUCUUCUACAAUUCCACGUGCGUCAACCUGGAGCUAAAGUCGGAGUUCGGGGUGCUGCUCCGCCUGGAGAUUGGUCGCCUCUGGUUCACUCGCUUCCUCACCGAGCAGCGCAACAAGACGAAGCGCCUCGAGUCAGUCACCUUCCACGGCCUGCCCCAGUACUUUGCCCUGGCCCUCUUCGAGUGUGGCGAAUGCGAGGACUAUGGCCCGGCAUCUGUGCUCAUGAAUCUCUGUUUUCUCUUCUACCACGAAGUUGAAGUUCCUGGCUGCGAUCCAUAUAGGGAGUACCUGUUCCUCUCUCUGCGCCAGCAGCCCAUCUGGCAUCAGCUUCCCUUCUGGGACACCGUCUUCUGGGACGCCAUGCAGGCGGAGCGGGAACAGCGCUUCGCCAACCUGUUGCGGCGCCAGCAGCGACGUCAGCAGAAGAAGCAGCAACGCCUGUCCAUUCCAGCAGCAGAGGCAGCGGCAGCGGCAGCGGGGACCACAUCUGCCGCGGAAACGGCAGACAAGUCUGUGCGCAAACAUGGACCCGAUUCCUCUUCCAGCUCCUCCCAUCAGGCCGCACACUCGGCGCCUCCGCCAGCGAAUCGAAAGCAAAGCAAAUUGAGUCCCGGACAGCCGCUGUCGGGCAAAGAACAGGAGGACACUGUAUUCCGGCAUCUGGGUGCCCUGACCUGUAACAUGCAUUCACUGGGCACAUCCAAGGAAGUGUGCAUCGACUUUCUCAAGAGGCAUGCACUGGGCCACGAGCUAUCAAAGGAUAAAGCAAAGCUCAUCCGAGACAAUGUCCAUCGCAUGUACCACGAAACAGAACUUUGGGGCGCACGAUAAGCCAAGCUCUUACUUUUCCUCAAGUACCUAAUGAAAGUGUUUCAAACUUCGUCUCUCCUCCAAAGCUAAACCUAUUUCCGUCUCAAGACAAAUCCAAAACUAAUCAAAUCCUAACUUAAAGUAGCAAAAAACCAAAAAAAAGAGUUCGAGUUUUUUGUUUGAAAUUCAUUUCAGUUUUGUGCUAGCAAUUUUCGAUGCAUGCUCUUUUGGUGUUCCGCAACUGAUUUUGAUUUGCAAUUUGAUUGUCAAAGUAAAACAUAAUGUCUAUAGAAUCUGGACAUAUCGAGAGGUUUUCGUUCCAUUUAGGUUUUGGGUUUUCGCCAGUUGCAGGAAUGCCAUCAAUGAAAUGAAUACAAUACUAAUAUAUACAUGUAUAUCCAUAAAUUGUGAUAAUAAUAUUUUGUGAUUACUUUAUCUAGCUAUAAAUAUAAAUCUAUGAAUGUACUGUAUAUGUCUACCAAACCAAGAAACCAAAAACCAAAUCUAAGCAAUGCAAUUUAAUACCUUAACUAUCCAGUUUCGCAACAACAACAACAACAAAAGCAUUCCAUUGUUACAAAUCAAGAUCCAAUAAUUAUUAUGCAAUAUUCAGUCUCUAAUGUAUGAAAGAAUAUUUCGUAAAUGUUAUUAAAUUCGUACUUACUAAUAAAAAGUUGAAUUA